CUGAGCUUCAAGACAAAACGGUCGUCUGCCAAAGAACGUCUUCGAUGAGUGAGGUCAGUCUACCAUUGUCACGCCCUUAUAUCACCAACGCUCCAGGAAAAACAGUUUACGUCUACGAAGGAGACGACAGCGGAAUCGCCCUUCACAUCGGCGCUCAAUCUGCUAAAAACGCUGUCUUUUUUAAUUCUGAUAUCGACGGUGUUUGGGGUAAACAGCUGAAGGCAGAUACAUUUCCAUUCCAAACGGAGGAAAAGUUUUUGCUCACCAUAGCAACCACAGAAGAAACAUAUGAGAUCAAAGUGAACGAGACACAUCUUUAUUCCUUCAAGCACAGAGUGCCGCCACAAGAGGUGAAACGCUUUGGCAUCAGUCAGCAAUCAGGAGAUAAAGUCUCAUCUGUUAAGAUUACUCAAGUGCUAGUAACAGGUUCGUGGACUCUUUCCGAAUUAAGUGAUGAGGUAAUCGUAAUUGCAAGCAGAGUUUCAACUGUUUCCAAGAAAUAUUUAAAGGUCAAAGGUGAUCUAACAACUGUUGACACUACGGCUAGCAAGAGUCGAAAGAAAGCUAGAUUUACGAUUACUGGUCAACAAAACCCGUACAGCUUAAGAAACAAUCAAUUCACUGACAGGUUUUUGACAAUCAAAGAGAAUCGACUUUACGCCGAUGCUGAUAGCGACUAUGCUAAGUUCCAAGUCGCAGAAAACAAUGAAGGAUACUACAUUUUUGAGUCUAACAAAACUAACGGCUUCUUUAUUGGAGUUAGCCAAUCUGGAGAUAUUGUAACACCAGACCAAGUUACGGGCGAAGAGUCUAAUUUCUACAACGCUUACAAUAGUGACGAGACAUGACGUCGUCGUUUCUACACAAUCAUGUAGAGAACUGCAUGUGUGCAAAGGACAUCUGUUGACAUCUAGUUUGAAGCGCGUGCGUGCGCAUGUGUGAGUUUGCGUGCUUGCUCAUGCAUGCGUGUAUGUUUGUGUAUAAAAUGGUGUUCGAGAUUUUAUGUUGUGGUGUUUAGACGUCUAUGUAUAGUUUGAUGCCUAGACUAGUUUUGGCGCGGUUUCUUCGUAGUUGUAGAAAUCAGUAAAUCUAGUAUCUGAAUGCUAAAAAAACUACACUGGCUUUCCUACGGAAGCCGA